AUGCUUGGCAUCAUUAUUCCCAUCCUCCACCCGCCCCGCAGCCUUCAACUCCGCAAUCACCCUCUCUCUCCGCGCAUUCGUGAUCGCAAGCUCCUUGCUAUACAACCUCCUUUGCCCUUUCAGCGUCCGCAGUUUCCCGCCACGAGUAGCUUGGAACCAUUUCGUGGUCUUGUACUUAAUGAUACCGGUCCCGGUAUGGAGUUCCUGGUCCGCUUUAUGCUGAGCCCUUACCUCUGCGUUCGAAGCCUCGUUUGCGGCUUUGAAGAUAUCUUCACGAAAGAUGACGUCGGGGGGUAUGGAGGUUAUUUUGCCGCCCAGACCUUCGAUGCGGUGCUCACCUGGGGCGAGGAACAGGAAGUAGGAGAUGUGGUGGCGUUGGGCGAAUUCGACGGCUUCGGAGGUGAAGGGACCGGGUCAGAGGGCCGUGUGGCGGUGCGGUUGGGCGAGGAACUCGGAUACGUUUACCAUGGUUUGUCUGAGAGUGCGAAUUGA